UCUCCUUCUACUCGAGUUAUUGGACCAAAGCCAUGGCGGAGGAUCGCCUCCCAUCUAUCAACGCCUGCAUCGAGAACGACGCCCUCGCCGGCGCAGCAGGGUUGCCCCUCCUCUCCGGCCCAUCCUCCUCCGUCGCCUUCUCCCCGCUCGGUUUCCUCUCCUCCUCCCCCUUCCUUCUCCCGCUCCCCCUCGCUGGCAGCCCGCCGCUCCGCCUCCGUGACCCUCCCUCCCUGCGGAUCGGGAAGAAGCGCAAGCCGCGGGCGUGCAAGCGCUGGCCGACCGCUUACAUCGCCGCCGACCCGGCCAACUUCCGCCAGAUGGUCCAGCAGGUGACCGGAGUUGAUGCCCACGGCGGUGCGGAGGGGUCUCGGGCCCAGGAUCCGCAGCUUCCCGCCGUCCAGGGGGGCGGCUUCGUUCCGACGCUGGACGUGCCGGCGUGCUUGCUGAACCGGCUCGAGCAGGAUACUGCGACUGGACCGGCCGAUUACGGCUGGGUUUUCUCGGACUUGGACCCGGUCCUCAUCUGAGACCCGAAUCCGCUUUGGGUAUUUUAUCGAACAUUUGAUGGGCAUCGAACGGUUCUGAGUAAUUUUAGUAUUACAAGAGUAGCCGUGCAGUUUGUAUGCCAGCUGUGUGAAUGAAUUUUCAAAAGAAAAAGAAAACACAUAUACACAAAAAAAAAAAAAAAAGAAAUAGUGAUGAGAAUAAAAAAGCGAAAUGAAUAAUUUUAAAAUAAAAUCUGUAAUAAACUCGUAAUGUAAUUCCAUGUUUGAAAUUAGCGUUGUCGGGUCCAGUUCCGAUCGGAUGGAAAUAAAUAUCUUUUAUAAAAAACCCCAAACGAUUCGAAUCUAAACUUAGCUCAAGAUCCGAAAUUCGAACUCGCAUAAUUCAAC